AUGCUCAAGAAGCACUGGGCAGAGGUUCGAGCGACGAGCACGUGGAAGGGUGAUGGGGGUCCCGCCGACGAGCAUGCCACUGAUGACGCACGGCCAAUGGCUCCGCCUUCGGUCGGCGAGAAGCCACCUCGACAGGGUAGCGGUGAGAAAGGGCAGAGCGACAAGGCGGCUGCCAAAACGGCCACAGGCGGGGCCGCGAAAACUGGCAAGGGCCCGACGGCCGGGGUCGCGGAGGCGUCGGCGGUUCCUCACCAGCCUCCCGCGGGUGCACGCCCUCCGGCCGCACCGUCUGCCGGGCGACCUGCCGACGUUGCGGGGAAAGGGGCGGCAGUUGCGGACGCGCUCAAGGAGCAGCUCAGGCUCCUUGCCGGCCACAAGGCUGUUCAACAGCCUCCCCCAGCUGUCGACGUCCCCUCGGCGAGUGUGCCACGGGCAGUGCCGGCCGUCGCCGCCCGUACUCCUGCUGACCCAAAAUACGCGUUGCUUCGCGCCCAGCUGAGCGCGCUAGCGUCGACCUCGCCAACCCAGCAGGCAUCAGGCUCUGGCACCAAGCCGUCGUCGGCGUAUGUCGCACCACCCACCCAUGUGGCAGCUGAGGUUGAGAAAGCGGCGGAGAAGGGCGUUCGUGCCGCCCUUGCCACCGGCGGCGGCCCCGUCGAGCAGGCGCCCCCAGACGCGGAUAUCGCAGCCAUACAGGCCCAUCUGGAUGCAGCCAUGCCCCGAACUCUGGCAAUCUCCGACACGGCACAUGUGGAGCCUUCGGCGGUUCCCGUCGGCAGUCCAGCAGAGCCUAGUGCGACCCGUGAUGCUGUCAGCGAAGGAAAGGCGAAACGGAAGGGGAAGGCGGGCUCACAGAGGAAGUCUCGGGAGAAGUCGGAGAUGAAGGCGGCGGAAACGGCGGCGGACAAAUAUGGUGGCGGCAAAACGGGGGAGAUGUCGCUCGGCGAGGGUACGUCGACGGGGAGGAAGGGGAAGGAGAAGGCGGUCGGCGAUGGUUCGUCGAAGGCGAGAAAGGGAAAGAGGAAGGCGGAGGAGGAGGAGGAGGAGGACGUCGAGGAGGUGGAGGUGGUCGAGGAGGAGGAAGAAGAAGAGGAGGCGGAGGAGGAGGAAGAAGAGGAGGCGGAAGAGGAGGACGAGGAGGAGGAGGAGGAGGAGGAGGAGGAGGGGAAGGGCAAGGAGAGGAGGGGUCAUGGCAUCCGACACGAUACCUCGGGCGACAAGCAAGGGUGGGUCGGCGAGAUUAAGGUGCACGGCAUCAAUCGAUACAUCGGCAAGUCGCGUGAGAAGAUGGAGCUCGCGUACGUGCACUCCAUCGCGUUCGUCGUCUACGACGGUUUCGUGAGCAAGGUGCUCAUGAACGAGCUCACCGUCCUGGACAGCGCCGAGUUGGAGAGGUGGAAGGAGGUGUGGGAGGAGGUCAAGAUCUUACCGACGGGGAUGUGGACGGUGAUGUGGGCCCGGGGUACUCUUCUUCCAAAGACCCGGCUGAAUGAGAUCCUCGACAAGUAUCGACAUUACAAGUCCACAGGCGAUGGUCUGCUCGCCACGCUCCUGCCAGCCGUAUGGUACCAAGUCGAUCCCAACACCAAGGAGGGCCGGGAAAAGUCGGCGUCCAUGAUGUCGGCGAUGAUAGGUCGCGUGGCAAUGAGCGCGGCGUAUGGGAAGACCGCUGCGACAGCGGCGAGAAAGGAGGGAGACAGCGACGAGAAGACGGAUAUGGCGGCAUGGGCGUUAGGAGCAUCCGCAUGCGCUGUGUGGUGCUUCGUCGAGAACGGCGAUGCCCAGGUGGAGGAUGCUGUGGAAGAAGGGAAGGCGGCGGCGCUUGUGGGCGGAGCGAGCCAGCAGACCGCCGAUGUGUUCGCCAAGGUCAUGGAGGAGGUGCUGAACGCCGAGAUCAACAGGGACCGCCCCCUGGGAGAGGUUGCUUACAACGUCGCGCCAGCACUCAAGAGGACCGCCCUUGAUAGGGCUUAUCCUGGGGGGAAUGCUGGAGUCGAUGCCGUGGUGAUCGCUAGAGCGACGGUCGAGACGAUGGCGUUCUGGGGAAUGUGCCCCGUCGCCGGGCCGAAACUCAAAGCGAGGGGCAUCGCGGUGCCGAUUGACGCGCAGAUGAAGGCUGACAUCGACAACAGGGGGAGGAAGGGUCAGAGGGGCAAGAAGGGGACGAAGGCCAAGGGCGGCACGGGGAAGAAGGGGACGAAGGCCAAGGACAGCGCGGGGAAGAAGGGCCAGAAGGCCAAGGACAGCGCGGGGAAGAAGGGCCCGAAGGCGAAGAAGGCCAAGGACAGCAGGGCGGCGUAG